GAAUCGGGAAUAGGAGGUGAGAAGAUAGACGAGCUAUGGCAUUUUGACGAUGUAUUGGUUGAAUUGGGUCGUGAGGAGCAGGAGGAGGAGGUCGACAUUCACCGUGAUUUCCUUGAAGAAGGGCUAGUCCUGAAUCCUGUGGAGGUCCUACGUUUAGAAGGCUCUCGUGAUGAACGCAUAUUAUUACAUGUGAUGUUUUUCGUAAAUCGAGAGGAGAUCAUAGGUAUGUUAGUGUUCGUUAUCACUAAAGAGGUCGUUGACAUUGGAGAAUGGGUUGCCGUGAUGUCAGAUUGA